UCACCACUUUAUUGUUUCCUUAACAAGCAAAGUUGAGGUAAUAUUUAACACUCCUGCUCUCUUCGACUCUCGGGAGCGUCGGCGCGCAACAGAGAAACCGAAUUGCGCUGGAUAAUAACGGGUUUCUGAAUCAAGACUCGCGCAUUUCACUCUAAAAUGGGGGUUGGAAAAUGGGUUCUGGCAGCAUUUGGGAUCGUAGUGAUCGUUGUGGUAAUAGCUGUUCCAACAGCCAUUUUACUCAAUGAGGAUAAAACUGUAUCCAAGAGGACUUUUACUCUAGAAGAUUACUUCAAUGGAACUGCAAGAACCAAGUCAUACAACAUGCGAUGGGUCUCAGAUGAUGAAUAUCUUCACAAGACAGGAGAAGGUUCAUUGCAUCUGAUCAACGCAACCACAGGAAAUGGAAGUGAAUUCGUCAAUCAACAGAUAUUUGCUUUUGUGUGGCAAAACGAUGUCUUUGUGAAGGAAACUCCUACCUCUGCAUUCAUGCAGGUCACUACUGAUGGAGCCCACAACCAGAUCCUCAAUGGCAUUCCUGACUGGGUGUAUGAGGAGGAGAUGUUCUCCACCAACUUUGCUCUGUGGUGGUCACCAAAUGGGAGGUUUGUGGCAUACGCCAAAUUUAAUGACUCAGGAGUCCACAACAUUGAGUAUACAUGGUAUGGAGAAGGCCAAUAUCCAGAAACGGUCUUAAUACCAUACCCCAAGGCCGGAACCCCAAACCCAACUGUCGAACUCUUUGUCUUUGACACAAACACAACCACGGCCACUGAAGUCCUGGUUCCCAGUGAUGUUGGUGCAGGAGAGCACUACCUGAGCACUGUUACAUGGGCGUCAGAUGAGCGAAUUGCAGUGCAGUGGCAGAAGAGAACGCAGAACUAUGUGGCCUUGAAGACGUAUGACUUCAGCGGCAAUGCUUGGACAGAAAGUUCACUGAGCCAGGUUAUCACAAGCAGCACAGGUUGGGUUGGCCGGUUUUCUCCCGAUGAACCUGUCUUUCGGCCGGACGGCAGCAGUUGUUAUUACAUUAUGAGUGAUGAGAAGCAUUUUAAGCAUCUUGUUUAUUUCAUUCCAACAGCAAGGUCAUUCCUGACAACAGGAAAUUGGGAGGUCACUAGCAUCCUUAAGGUCACAAACGAUGCUGUAUACUAUGUGAGUAACGAACACAAUGCGAGUCCGGGCCAAAGGAACGUUUACAAAAUCACUAUAAAGGGUGAUUCUCAUUCUGAGCGUGAGUGUCUGACCUGUACCCUCAAUGCGGACCGGUGCAAAUAUAAUUCUGCCCUGUUUAGCACUAAAGGAACCUACUACCUCAUGAGCUGUUCUGGGCCUGGACUUCCUCUGCAUACACUGAGAAACAGCAGAGAUGGAACAGAGGUGAGAGUUCUUGAAGACAACAAAGAUUUGGAAAAUACUCUGCAGGAUAUCGCAAUGCCGUCAGUUAUGCAUGGCACACUGAAGAUUGGAGAGUUUGACCUCUGGUACCAGAUGAUUCUGCCUCCCAAAUUCGACAAAUCCAAAAAAUAUCCUCUGCUUAUUGAUGUAUAUGCAGGCCCCUGCAGUCAGAAGUCAGAUUUCCGGUUCAGGGUGGGAUGGUCCACAUACUUGGCCAGCACGGAGAAAGUGAUUGUGGCCAGCUUUGAUGGGAGAGGAAGUGGUUACCAAGGAGACAAAAUCAUGCAUGCCCUCUACAAACGACUUGGCACUUACGAAGUUGAGGAUCAGAUAACAGCGGCUAGACAUUUUAUUGACAUGGGCUUCAUAGAUAAAAACAGGGUUGCCAUCUGGGGCUGGUCUUACGGCGGUUACGUCACUUCAAUGGUUCUGGGAGCCGGAAGUGGAGUUUUUAAAUGCGGAAUGGCCGUCGCUCCGGUCUCUAAAUGGGAGUAUUAUGACUCUAUUUACACUGAGAGGUACAUGCUGACGCCAGCGGAGAACCAGGCCUUUUACGAUAAUUCCACAGUGACGGGAAGAGCCAAGAACUUUAAAUGGGUUCAGUACCUCCUGGUGCACGGCACCGCUGACGGUGAGAUACGACCCGUCUCUCUCUCUAUCUCUGUCCCUCGUCCUGUCUCUGCAACUGAGCAGGCUUUACUAAAUGGAAAUAAAUGAACAUGAAAAUAAAAA